UUGAGCCACGCUUACGUCCAUGCGUCCUACAGCCCACGUUCGUGUUCCGUUCGUGGUACACAGUGAUGCGACCUCGAGCCGAGUGACAGCAAUAAUAUUUAUUACCAUUUCGUGCGCUGUUUGUUCCAGUCCAAGUGUCAUCGAUCCGAUAGCAUAACCGUGCCGGGACGAGUGCUGUAACUGUUUGUGAUUUUGGUAAUGAACCCAGAAAAGUUUAAUCUAAAUCGAAAUGACCUGGAAACCAUCGUUGGGCGGUGUUUUUCCGAUUUGAAGAUGAAAUUCAAUUUAAAUUCGGCUAUAGUAAAGCCGUUUAGCGCGAGUCGUGUCGGAUAUCUCGGUGAUCAUUUCAUCCUUGAACUGAAAGUCAAUUCAGUGAGCGGUGAACGAGAGCAGAACUUGAACUUGUUCCUGAAAGUGUUACCAGAGAGAAUACCAUCUUUAACGCGGUAUCUGGAAGCAAUCGGUACGUUUCGCAAAGAAGUACGCCUAUACAGAGAUCUGUUUCCGAAGCUAUCUCAAUUUACUAGGUUCGCACCGGAGGCUUAUCUGUCCAAAGAUGAUCGAUUGUUGGUGUUUGAAAAUUUGCAACUGAAGGGGUUUCGAACAAUCAGUAAUACAGACACGGGAAUAUUCGAUAAGGCACAUUUGGAGAAGGCGCUCGAAGCAUUGGCCAAAUUUCACUGCGCUUCGCUGAUGUUGGAAACGAAAACCGGUCGGACACUUCCGGAACUGUGCCCGGGUGCGUUGGAUGAAAAUUGCUGGAUACGUAAGGAAAAUAAUCCACGAGUUGAAGAGUUGCAGAAUGCCAUUGACGUACUUUGCGAAUUAGUGAAGGUAGUCGAAUGUGAAAAUGAAAAUUUAUCUGAUAUAUUGGAAAAACUACCACCAUUUAUGCUGCAAAUUUAUGAAUUGGUCAAACCUUCUAGCAGUAGUCGAAACGUUGCUUGCCACGGCGAUCUUUGGGGUAGCAAUCUUAUGUUCCAGUACUCAGACGAUGGCGUUCCGCUGGAUUGCUUAAUAGUAGACUUUCAAUUUACCCGUUACGCACCUCCAGCUUAUGACGUAAAUAUGCUGUUAACUUUAACGACAACCGGUGAAUUCCGGAAGCAGUACUACCGCGAACUGAUCGACUAUUACUACAGCUGCGUCCGGCAGGAGUUCAUCGUACAAUGCCUGUCACCGGAGGAGAUCUUUCCUGAGCGACAGUUCCAGGAAUCUUGCCAACGGUAUCGGAUAUCCGGAUUGAUCGACAAUUUCCUAAUGAACCACGUUACACUGCUGCCCAGAAGUUGCGUUGACCAGGUCUUCUCGUCCCCGGAGAAUUACAACAACUUUAGCGGUCAGGACAAAAUCAAAAUGUGCUUGGAUGUGUUGGAGAGUGAUGCGAAAUACAGGACUAGACUUACAGGGAUUAUCAGGGAUUUGGUUGAGGCUUUGUAGAGAGGCUCGGAGAAGACAAUAAAACAUUCCGAUUCGCUGUUUUAUACAGUUAUUUUAACACAGUCAAAAUUUUAACAAAUAAUCCAAUUUUAGCUAACAGUUUAUACGUAAAAAAUAGUGUGGUUGUGCUUUGUGUGUGUGAUAUGGUUGAGUAUAAAUACAAAAUUUUUUUGAAUUAUUUCGAAAA